AUUAUCAAUGUCAAACGUCAGUAAGCGACAUUUGCAAUCUAUUAAUAUAGCCGGAUUGCGAAGUCUGUUAUAAGUGAAAAUUUUAAAAACAAUUCAUCUAUAUUAAACCUCUUCAAUUGAACAUAUAUCUCGCAGAAAUGGUGAACGAAACCCCAGAGGUUGUUAAAAUCAACAAAUGGGAUGGAGCCGCUGCUAAAAAUGCUAUCGAUGAUGCAAUCAGAGAGGUGUUUACCGGAGAGCUGAAAUGUAAGGAGAGUUUUGCUUUGAUCGACGGACGGUUAUUUCUAUGUGCCUUAGCUGUAGGAGUGGCCCUAUAUGCUUUACUCUGGGACUAUCUCUAUCCAUUCCCACAGUCCAAACUCGUCCUUAUCAUCUGUGUAUCCUCAUAUUUUAUUUUAAUGAGCAUCCUUACUUUAUACACUACAUUCAAAGAAAAAGGCAUUUUUGUUGUGGCCAAAGAGAAAACGGGAAACAACUCGAGAGUCUGGGAAGCAAGCUCUUAUGUUAAAAAGCACGAUGACAAAUAUAGUUUAGUUCUAGUGAUGCGCGAUGCUAACGGCAAGACCCGGGAAGCGACUGUAAACAAAUCCUUUGCUAAUUACAUUGAUAACAACGGAACAGUUGUCCAGAGCAUCAUCAUCAACGAAAUAACAAAGCUCUACAACUCUCUGUCUUCGGAGAAGAAAGAAAAGUGAUUGAAUUGUCACCGCAGAAUUGCUAAACUUAAUCUCAAUAAAAUAUAUAAAACUGU